GGCCUCCUGCGCCCCCCAGCGGCCGCCUGCAGAAGAGCGGACAGCCGCGCUACGGGGACCUCAACUCGCGCCGGGCCAGUCCGCACCCCGAGUCAGUCCUAGGUGCCUGGUGUGGUGAGAGGUGCCAGUGCGCCCAGAGGAGUCCAGUGGGCACUGAGGCAGCCAUGACACUGCUGACAUGGGAUUCUCUGGUCUCCGUGGCCCUUCCCGGGGCCAUCUUCCUGCUCCUGGUGGACCUCAUGCACCGGCGCAUACGCUGGGCUGCCAGCUACCCACCGGGCCCCAUGCCUGUGCCUGGGCUGGGCAACCUGCUGCAGAUGGACUUCCAGAACAUGGUUUUCAGCAUUAACCAGCUGCGGCGCCGUUUCGGGGACGUUUUCAGCCUGCAGAUAGCCUGGACGCCCGUGGUCGUCAUCAAUGGGCUGGCGGCCGUGCAAGAGGCACUGGUGAACCAAAGUGAGGACACAUCGGACCGGCCACCUAUGCCCGUCUAUGAGCACCUGGGGUUCGGACCGCGCUCAGAAGGGGUGAUCCUCGCGCGAUACGGGAAAGCGUGGCGCGAGCAGCGACGCUUCUCCGUGUCCACCCUGCGCAACCUCGGCCUGGGGAAGAAGUCACUGGAGAAGUGGGUGACCGAAGAAGCCACCUACCUCUGUGCCGCCUUCGCUGACCAGGCCGGAAACCCCUUCAUCCCCAAUGCCCUCCUGAAUAAAGCGGUGAGCAACGUGAUCGCCUCCCUAAUCUAUGGGUUCCGUUUCGAGUACAAGGACCCGCGCAUCCUCAAGCUCUUUGACCUAAUGGACGAUGCAGUGAAGGAGGAAUCGGGAUUCCUGUACCAGGUGCUGAACGUGUUCCCUGUAGUCCUGCACAUCCCCGGAGUGGCCGAUAAGGUCUUCCCAGGGCAGAAGGGCUUCAUGGCCCUGGUGGAUGAGCUGCUCGCGGAGCACAAGACGACCCGGGACCCCGCCGAGCCACCCCGAGACCUGGCUGAUGCCUACCUGGAUGAGGUGGAGAAGGCUAAGGGGAACCCCGAGAGCAGCUUCAGUGAUGCAAACCUGCGCAUGGUGGUGGCUGACCUAUUUGCUGCUGGAAUGGUGACCACAUCGACCACACUGAACUGGGCCCUUCUGCUCAUGAUCCUGCACCCGGAUGUGCAGCGCCGUGUCCAGCAAGAGAUCGAUGAGGUUAUAGGGCAGGUACGGCGACCAGAGAUGGCGGACCAGGCCCGCAUGCACUUCACCAUGGCUGUGGUCCAUGAGGUGCAGCGUUUUGCAGACAUCAUCCCGCUGGGUUUGCCCCACAUGACAUCCCGUGACAUUGAAGUGCAGGGCUUCCGCAUCCCCAAGGGGACGACACUUUUCUUCAACCUGUCGUCGGUGCUGAAGGACGAGUCCGUCUGGAAGAAGCCCUUCCGCUUCCACCCGGAGCAUUUCCUGGAUGCCCAGGGCCACUUUGUCAAGCAUUCAGCCUUCAUGCCCUUCUCAGCAGGCCGCCGCUCAUGCCUUGGGGAGCCCCUGGCGCGCAUGGAGCUGUUCCUCUUCUUCACCUGCCUCCUGCAGCGCUUCAGCCUCUCAGUGCCUGCUGGGCAGCCCCGCCCCAGUGACCAUGGCGGCUCUGAAUUCCUGGUGACUCCGUCUCCCUACCAGCUCUGUGCUGUGCCCCGCUAGGGGGUGACACCAAGCCCCCAGCCCUCCCUUCUCAGGCCCUGAUGUCCAAUAAACCAGUCUGUUGGCUCCAGCCUUGCUUCUGAGUCCCACUC